CUCAAACAAACCCGAACUCUGACACUCUCCCACACCUCCACCUUGGAUAUCCUGAUCUACACUACAACCGCAUACUCUAUAGCAAUCAUGCCCUUUGGACUGAAGAAAGGAGACAAGGACGGCGAGCUGGAUGCGAAAAAGGCAUCCCUGUUCGGUCGCUCCAAGGGUGCCAAAACCCCCGCACCGCCGCCAGCCAACAACCCAUAUGCUGCUGCUGCUCCAGCUUCUGGCAGCAACCCAUACGCAGCGCCGUCGUCUUCCAAAGAUCCUUAUGCUGCGCAAAGCAAGAACCCAUACGCUUCACAGGGAUCGGGUUCUCGUGAUCCUUACGCCAGAGGUCCAAACAACUCUGCACAACCGCCGACUAGCUCGUUCGGGAACCUCUCCCCGAACAACGAUCAACGUGGGCCCCCAGGAUAUAGCGACAGCAAUUCUCACAGUGCACACAAUCGUAAUGAGAAGAGUCCUGUGCCGCCAGGAGGAUAUGGCGGCGGUCAAGCUCGCUACCAAAGCACUGGCAACGAUUAUGGACAAACGAGUGGGUACGGCAGUGAUCCGUACGGCACUGGAAACGCGAGCGCAUCACGCUACGGGCCAUCAGGAUACGGCGGACUAGGCCGAAGUGGUAGUCAAGAGACUGUUUCAACCGAUGUAGGCAGGAAUGCCUUGUUCGGCAAUGCUCCGCAGCGUGCAGCGGCGAAGCCUGCCCAAGAUCCUGCUGAUGAGCACAGGACGGACAACAGCUAUUCGAAUAGCGGUGCAUACAGCUCGGCUGAAAUGCCAGGAGGAUACGGAUCUGGACCUCCGCGAGAGUUGACGGCUGAAGAGCAGGAAGAGGAGGACGUGAUGGCUGCCAAACAGGAGAUUCGAUUCAUCAAGCAACAGGACGUCGCGAGUACUCGGAACGCGCGCCGAAUUGCUGAGCAGGCGGAGCAGACUGGGCGUGAGACACUGGCUCGUCUUGGUGCGCAGGGCGAACGGAUUCAUAACACUGAGCGCAACCUGGACAUGGCUUCCAAUCAAAACCGUCUGGCAGAGGAGAAGGCCCGCGAAUUGAAGACGCUGAAUCGAUCAAUGUUCGCGGUUCAUGUUGCCAACCCGUUCACGGCCAAGAAGCGGGAGGAAGCACAGAACGCCAUCGCACUAGAGAAGCAUCAACGCGAAAGAGAUCAGCGAGACGCAACGCAAUCAGCGGCAUACAGUUCCCAGGCACGACAACAGCAACAACAGCGCGACCUCGGCAGCAAUCUCGCCAAACAGAUUCCCAAGGGUAGCUUGGCCGAUCGAGCCAAAUACCAAUUCGAGGCGGACAGUGAAGACGAGGAGAUGGAGAAUGAAAUCGACGACAACUUGAACGCCAUUCAUCGCGGUGCUACUGUCCUCAAUGCCCUCGGCAAAGCCAUGGGUGCAGAGAUUGACAGCCAGAACAAGCACAUUGACCGGAUUAUCAAGAAGACCGACAAAGUGGAUGACCAGAUUGCGGUCAACCGAGCGAGACUUGACAGGAUUCGUUGAUAUUGAUUUCGCGACUGGCACGAUUCAGCCCGGCUCUCUGUUUGCACUUCUAGUUGAUUGAAGCAUAUCGGCUGCCACAGGUCUAGAUGCUAUACUGCAUACCAACGGAGAUGGAUAUUGUCGAAAGAGGAUGUAGUUCAGCUGACCUUCAUCGCGUAAAAGCAUCCCUAGACUGGUCAUCGUUAAGAUAGAUAAUGUAGUAAUUCCGAAGGCUCUCACGUAUGCAUGGUCGCGGAUACUGUUGCUGAGUCCAGCAGUGAGAUGAGGCGUCCAGCAUGAUAAAUCGAUCAAGGGCUUCCACGCUUAAUUGCAUUCCGAGUUCAGGUUGUAGGUG